AUGGUUCGAAAGUGUAGUGUACCUGGUUGCAACCAAAAAUAUUUUAAAGGCCUGGGUUUGUUCAAAGUUCCAUUUCAUGAUGUUAUACGGUCAGAACAAUGGUUAAAUGUAAUUGGCAUCAAUGAAACUAGUAAUAAAAAUUACUUUGUUCGCGAAAAACAUUUUAAAAGUUGUGAUUUUGAUCACAACGGAAUUAAUGUUAAUGUAAGGAAAUUGAAAUUGUCUGCUGUGCCCAGUUUGUUUUUGCCGGUAAUUGAAAUAGUAAAUGAAGAACAUGAGCAUAAUAAUAUGGAAUUAACAUUUGAUGUUGAGGAAAUCAAAUUGAAUAAUGAUGGUAUCAGUGAUGAAAGUUUGGCAUUGGACAGAAAUGAAAUAAAUAACAGUAUUUGUAAUGAAAAUUUACCAAUAACCCCAAAAAUUUUAUUUCCUCAAGUCAGCGUUUCCCAAACCAUGGGUCGCGAAAGUUUUUUGGUGGGUCGCGACUCGUUGUUACGAUUACAGUUAUUUCAGCCAAACCCAGAAACCUCUUGUGUUUAUUGUAGUAAAAGACAUGAUAUUUUGAGAACCAAAGAAUGUUAUACUAAAAAACUAGCUGAAAUAAAAGAAGAAGAAAGUAAGCUACCUUUGUCUUGUCCUUGUGAAAAUAAUAAAAACCUCAACUCAAAUAAAAUAUUGAUGACACUGUCGGAUACGUGUAAUGAAAAUUUUUGA